CAUGAGUAAGCAUCGUGAUGUUAUAAUAGAAGAUAGAAGUUGCAUUAUUGGAAACAGUAGUAGAGUUGAAGAAGAAUCAGAGUUGCAGACAUGGCCGAAGGAAGCGAAGCAGACCAAGACAAAUCCAUGAAGAAACUUCUCCUCAUAGUAAACUGCGUUCUCCUCUGCAUAGGAACCUCCGGCGGCCCCCUCAUCAUGCGCCUCUACUUCCUCCGCGGUGGCCACCGCGUCUGGCUCUCCAGCUUCCUCGAAACAGCCGGCUUCCCCGUCAUGCUCCUCCCCCUCGCCGUCUCCUACUUCCGCCGCCGCCGCAUCGCCGCCGCCGCAGGCGCAUCCGCCAAACCAAGCCUCGUCUCCAUGAAGCCCCCUCUCCUCCUCUUCUCCGCCGUCAUCGGAAUCCUCACCGGCCUCGACGACUACCUCUACGCCUACGGCGUCGCGCGCCUCCCGGUCUCCACCUCCGCCCUCAUCAUCGCCUCCCAGCUCGCCUUCACCGCGCUCUUCGCGUUCCUCCUCGUGAAGCAGAAGUUCACCGCGUAUUCCGUCAACGCCGUUGUUUUGCUCACCGCCGGCGCCGGCGUGUUGGCCCUCCACACCAGCGGCGACCGCCCCGCCGGCGAGUCCACGAAGGAUUACGUCAUGGGGUUCCUCAUGACCGUCGUCGCCGCCGCAUUGUACGGCUUCGUUUUACCCUUGGUGGAGUGGGUCUACAAAAAAACCCAACAACCUAUCACUUACUCUCUCGUUAUGGAAAUUCAGUUCGUUAUGUGCUUCUUCGCCUCCCUCUUCUGCUUCAUUGGGAUGAUUAUAAACAAAGACUUUAAGGUGAUUCCGAGGGAAGCUAUGGAAUCCGAACAUGGAGAAGCAAAUUAUUAUAUAGUGUUGGUGGGGAAUGCUAUAGUAUGGCAAGCAUUUUUCUUAGGAGCCAUUGGGGUUAUAUUUUGUGGGUCGUCUUUGUUGUCGGGUAUUUUAAUUGCGGUUUUGUUACCGGUAACCGAGGUUUUGGCGGUUAUAUUCUACAAAGAGAAGUUUCAAGCGGAGAAAGGGGUGUCUCUGUUCCUCUCGAUUUGGGGCUUUGUGUCGUAUUUCUAUGGGGACAUUAAACACGCGAGGGAAAUGAAGAAGAAGAAGAAAAGUGAGAUAGAAACAGUGUUGCCUCAGUAUUCGUGACUGCAACGGUGUAUGCUUUGAAAUUGGUAGGGCAUUCUUGAGGAUAGGAACCCCUUUCCUUCUUUCGGUCACAUUAAUUCAUCAUGCGCGACAACAUUGACUACUUUGGGUCAAAUCCAACAUCAUAAGUGAUAACUAUAGAUUCUUGUUUAUAUAUGGUUGUAGUUUCGUCCAUGAAUAAUAAAUAUGUGUGGUCAAUUUUAUCAAAUAAGAACCCUAUCCUGAUUCCAUAUUGCAA